AUGCUACCGCUCGACGAGAGAUUUGUUGAAGUGGAGCAAAAGAAUGGACGAAAAAAGAAAAUUCCUGCCUUAGAUGCACAUUGGAUACAGGAUGUUCAGUUUGUUACUUAUAAGCCGCCUCCCCUUGAUCCCGAGGACCGUGGUGCUGUGGGCGAAUGGCUAGAGAGGUUGAAAUUCAUUGAAGAAGACCUGCAUUGGCUGCUUAGCCAACCACACGAUAAGUUCUGGUGUCAGAUCGUCUUUGACGAAUCAUUCCAUCAAUUGAUUGACUCGUAUUUAAAAUCUGCUCCAAGGCCAUAUGAUAUUAUGUACAGCCAGAUGACCUCUGAGCUCCGUGAACCUCACAAUGAGGUUCACCGAAAAGUAUUCAUGACGUGUGUUAGAAUGGCAACAUACAAAGAGUCAAAGGAAGACUUCAUUACACCUUCUGUGUUUGGUGAAAUUCUCUAUGAGAAUUUUAUCUUUGACAUUCCCAAGAUAAUGGACCUGUGUGCUUUGUACGGUCAGGGCAAUGGACAACUUCUAUCCAAGAUGAUCACAAAUAUCUUCCGAGAACAACCUAAAUAUGAAAAUGACUUGCGAGAAGUCAUUCCAACUGUCCUUGAGGUACUCGACAGAUUGCUGACAAAAUGUGGACUGGACGACACUUGCAACCAGGCCCCUACCAAGUUAGAUGACCAGCGGUCAGAGGCAAUCAAUAAGAUGUCAGUGUCGGACUUUCAGGAUAUCAUCUUCUACCUUGUCGACAUCAGCUGCACAUUAUUUUCUUUCCUGGAGAUGUACCCACCGUCAUGUGUGUUUUUUCAUGAAGCUGACUUGUGCCACAGGUUAGCUUCUUUUUAUGAAUUGAUUCUGCCCGCCUUGACUGCUGCCUUAAAGACCAAAGAAUUUGAAGUUCCCAGUGCCAAGUCCCAGCUAAAGAACCGAUUGUCAUUAGCAAAGAAACUUUUACUCAGGGUAUUCCAUGAAGUAUUAAACCAUUGCUGUAUCCAACCAAUCUUGGAAAGUUUAAAUGAUGAUGCCAGUGUGGCUCAAGUUGGGGAUUAUGUAGAAGACUACUUACAAACUGUCACAGCUAUCAUGUCUGAGAGAAGAUUCCUUGCUGACUAUGAAGGCCAGUAUAAUAUACAAAAUGACCUUGAUAUUCUACGACAAUCUCCAGCAGUGAUAGAUGAAACGAGGCUGACAUUUCUGCAGGAGGUCUUUGAUUCAGCUUUCAGCCUAUAUGGUAAACGAAACCAACCGAAAGGUUCGCGGAAUGCAGGUGGGCGAGGAAGUCCUGAAGGCUCAGUUGGGGAUUCUGAAGAAAGAUUGCAAGCCGUAGGCAAUCAGCCUGCAGACUCUGACACAUCCCCUACAGCAACCACUGGUGCCUGUAAAGAUAAGCCUCCAGAUUAUAUUUGUGAAGGGGCAUGUGCUGCCACGCCUGCAGGGGCUGAACUAGAGUCCCUUAUCUACUCUGUCAAGGACCUCUUCCCAGAUUUAGGAGAAGGAUUCAUUGAGAUGUGUUUGAUUGAAAUGGACUACAAUGCAGAAUCUGUGAUCAAUACAUUGUUAGAGGACAAGCUGCCCACAUCAUUGCUUACGUUGGAUCGUUCAAUGGAAAGGGGCCAGACAAUACAGCGUGUUCCUUCACCACCACCAUCUGUCCUCGAUCAACGCCGAAACGUUUGUGACUAUGAUGAGUUUGAUGUCUUUCACCGGAAUUCAAUCGACACAACGAAAAUCCACAAGGGCAAGAAAAAUUAUGUUGAGGAAAUCAAACUUAACGAUAAGGCUGAAUUACAAAUGCUUCGGCCAACAUAUGAGCUAUACGGGUCAGUUGAUGCAGACACGAUCUAUGACAAACAUCUGCUGGAAGCCAACCUCUACAAUGAUGAGUAUGAUGACACAUAUGAUGAUUUUGAUGCCAGUGCUGCAGUUGUUGCUGAUGUAGAUAAUUCAGAUGACCUGAUCAGUCGACGGCCAUUCACUGUGCCACGAGUGCUUGCAAGCACAUCCCAUGAUGGAGCAACGGCAGCUGUUAAUGGAUCAGAAACAUCAUCUGAGGAGGAGGAGGAAGCGGCAAAAGCCCCUGACCGUUUUAUAGAAGACCCAGCCAAGCUGCGAGAAAUGCGUGAGCAGAGGUGGCGAUCACAAAGGGGAGGUAAUCGUGGUUGGUCUGGAAGGAAAGUCAUACAGCAGCAGCAAGAAGAAAAGCCUGUGCAUGAUGUCAGAGGUCGUGCAAAGGGUAAAGGACAAUCUCAGGAGGUCAUCCACAACAGACAAUGGAAAGAGAAGCACAAAGGAAGUCGUGCCAACCACAACAGACGUGCACUUGCAGACCGAAAACGCAGUAAAGGCUUUGGCCUUCUUGGACCAAUGAAGUGA